AUGAUAGAGGGAGUUGAUUCAUCUCUAAUAAGAGCAAGCUUAAAAACAGAACAUGCAACAAUUAGUUGUAUUGGAACUGUAAUAGCUAAGCAAGGAUGCUGGUCUUUUCUUAAAGGAGGAUUUGUACUGGAUUCACCUUCAAAAUCUUCAAUUCUAUAUUUUAAGGACAAUGGAAAAUCCACCAAUGUAUCAGUUGCUAGUGCAUCCUUGCAGCCAUUUAGUGAAGAACAGUGGAGAUUGAAUCAACAAGCCAUAAUUAACAGAGAACACAAGCGUUUUGUGACAGUUCAUGUGUCGAAUUUGCAUGGAGAAAGGCUAGUAGGAGCUUCAAUAACCAUUCAGCAAAUCUAUAAAGACUUCCCUAUUGGAUCUGCCAUUGCUGCUACCAUUAUAGGAAAUCUUCCCUACCAGAGUUGGUUCUUGAAGAGGUUUAAUGCAGCAGUGUUCGAAAAUGAGCUAAAGUGGUAUGCAACAGAACCAGAACCAGGAAAAAUCAACUACACCUUAGCUGAUCAAAUGCUGGAAUUUGUCAGAGCAAACCAGAUUACUACAAGAGGCCACAACAUAUUCUGGGAAGAUAUGGACUACACUCCAGCAUGGGUGAAAAAACUCGAGGGGCCGGACCUUCAACAGGCUGUUAAUUCUCGAAUAACAAGCCUGAUGAACAGAUUUAGAGAAGAGUUCAUUCACUGGGAUGUCAGCAAUGAGAUGCUCCACUUCAAUUUCUAUGAGCAGCGGCUUGGACCUAAUGCCACCUUAGAUUUCUUCAAGACGGCUCAUCAGGCUGAUCCGUUGGCUACCUUGUUCAUGAAUGAGUUCAAUGUGGUUGAGACUUGUAAUGAUGGUAAUUCAACUGUUGAUGAUUAUGUUAGAAGGUUAAGGGAGCUUAAAGCAGGAGGAGUUACAAUGGAUGGAAUUGGCCUAGAAGGGCACUUUAGUGUUCCUAAUCCUCCCUUAAUUAGAGCUAUCCUAGAUAAGUUGGGCACCCUUGGACUUCCCAUUUGGCUCACUGAAGUUGAUAUAUCUCAUACUAUUGACAAACAAACACAGGGUGUAUACUUGGAGCAAGUAUUGCGAGAAGGAUACUCACACCAAUCCGUAAAAGGUUUAAUGCUUUGGACAGCCCUGCAUCCUGAGGGAAAAUGUUACCAAAUGUGCCUCACAGACAACAAUUUUCAGAAUCUCCCAGCAGGAGAAAUCGUCGAUAAGCUGUUAAAAGAAUGGCAGACCGGAAUAGUAGAGGGAGUUACUGAUCAACUUGGCUCAUUUAACUUUCAUGGAUUUUUAGGGGAGUAUACAAUAAUGGCUACAUAUGAAAAUAGAACUACAAAAUCGUCAUUCUCAUUAACAGGAGGACACGAAACUAGGUAUAUAAACGUUCAACUCUAACCAUAUACUAGCAUACAUGUAAUAUUAUCAUUCUACUUGCUAUACCUGCUACAUCAGAUCAAAUCUCAUUGUUUUCAAAUUGUUAGUUCUAAUAAGAAUUUAUUUUUUCUCCCCUGUAGACAACUACUCUGUAAAGUCACGCUACCUUUUAAACCACAUAACCGCUCAUAAAUAGAUGCACUUGAACCUUACAAGGCACUGUUAAA